UCUACCAAGCCAAUAUACGCCUCUUCCUUAAGUAAAUAAAGAAACAGCUUUUAUUGCAAGAAUAUGUUUCCUUCGAAGAGUACUAUUUAAUUUGUUUAUUUUUGGAGAUGUGAUUUGUUUGUUACUUUCCGGAAAAGGUGCGAGUCGUUGUACCGGGUUGUACCGAGUGCUCGGGCAGUUACGGAACCGGCGAUAUUCAUACAUCCGAUAAGCAAAUAAGUGGUACAUAUGACGUGUACUUGUAUUCUUUCCUGGUUAAUAUAGUGCGGUAAUGUCCAUGGUAUCUUCUACUCCUUCACGAGAAGCUAUGAUUGUAAAUGUUGGUGUUGCUGGUACAAUAAGCGACCUUCAUUUACUUUUUAACUGGAACUGCUUUGCUCUUCAGCGAGUGUUUUAUAGACACUGUCGAAGUCAAAUUUAAUGUAGUUGUGUUAUAGUGCAAUUAUGAACUACUGUUUAUUAUCAGCCUUAUUCUUAAUUUGCCCUAUUUAAUGUUAUAGGUUAGGGGUGGCCAAUCUUUUCUAGAACGAGCCGUUGUUUGUGCGGGUUUUCACUGCAACUCUAAUUACAUUACUAAUUAGAGGACUGAUUUGGCUGAAGAUUCCUCUCGCCUGGGUUUGAACAGCUGACCUAAAGCUGCAGCACCUUUUGACGCUGCACCAUGAAGAACCAGCAGGCAGCCAACCGGCCAGACAACACGGCCUUCACGCAGCAGCGUCUGCCUGCCUGGCAGCCUAUGCUGUCUGCCCAUGUCGUUAUCCCGGGCUUCCUCCUCAUCGGCAUGGCCUUCAUCGGCAUAGGGGUGGCCCUCUACAUCACCUCCCAGAACAUCCAAGUGCUGGAGGCGGAUUACACGGGUACGGGCCAGUACACUAACUGCUCCGAAUGUGCCAACAUGCAGACCACUCCCUGCAUCUGCAACGUGACCUUUUCGCUGACCACACUGUUCACGGCGCCUGUGUUUCUGUACUACGGUCUGUCCAACUACUACCAGAACUAUCGCAAGUAUGGGGUGUCGCGAGAUGACGUCCAGCUCUGGGGAGAUCCGACGAGGAGUCCUGCUGAUGCCUGUGCUCCGUACCAGUACAUCGACAGCAAGCCUAUCGCACCAUGUGGCUCCAUAGCCAACAGCAUGUUUAAUGACACCUUCAGCCUGUAUCAGAUCAUCAAUGGCACCAAGAAAGAGGUUCCCUUGGAUGGGAAGGGCAUUGCCUGGUGGACAGAUUAUAAUAUAAAAUUUCGGAAUCCUACCCAGGGCUCCCUGCAAGAUGCCUUCAACGGCACCAUGAAGCCUGUGAACUGGUCCAAGCCUGCUUACGAGCUGGACCUUGGAGACCCGAACAACAAUGGCUUCUUGAACCAAGACUUCCUGGUCUGGAUGAGGACGGCGGCUUUGCCAGAUUUCCGGAAGCUGUACCGGCGGAUCACCGGUGGUGACUAUGCGCUGGGCCUCCCUCCUGGGGACUAUGUCCUCCAAAUUGAGUACAACUACGCCGUAAAAGACUUUGGCCGCAAAAAGGUGGUGUUGAGCAAUGUCACUUGGAUGGGAGGGAAGAACGAGUUCCUCGGGAUCGCGUACCUGGUGGUCGGCUCCCUCUGCAUCGUCAUGUCUGUCGUCAUGCUCGUCGUCUACGCCAAGUACAAGUUUGCUGACGAGAACGCAUGAGCGAGCGGCGGGACCUGCUGCUUUGGCUAAUUUUGGCCUUUGCUCAGUUCGUCUAAGCCAGGGUAGGGGAACCUGUUCCAUGGAGGGCAGUAUGGGUGCAGGUAUUUGGGCUGGCCUCUCAAUCAGCCAAUAAGAGGGUCCCCUGGACUGGAGUUGAAAACUACCAUUUCAUUAUUGGCUGGCUGAUCAUCCCAAAAAUCCACACAUGCACUGGCCCACCAUGGAUCAGGUUACCUACACCUGCUUUGUCUUAAGAUGGCACAAUUAAAUUCAGACCCAGCAAAUAAGUGCCUUUCUCACUUGUGUAAUGUUUGAGUCUCCAUCAGCUUCCAAAGGUGCUUAAUGGUAACUUUAUGAAAGCAGGUAUGAGAAUUGGGAUAUUGACUGAUCCCCAUGUCUGAAUCCUCAUAGAUUCUGGCUUCAGUUGCCCUGGAGAUUCUCUUCCUGGUUUUGCUGUUUAAUUGCUCUUCUGGGUGCUGGGGCUUUAUACUCUGUUACAAACAAUAUAUUUGCAUUUUUAACCAUUUUAAAAUUCCACAAAGAGGAAAGUAUCACAUGUCUGUCCCUUAAUUUUUGGCUCCCGGUUGCUGCACAGUAAAUCUGUACUGUUUGUUCUCAGGUACUUUUUUUUCUUUUAAAUUUCUGAUUUUUGCCGUUUUGAAAUACUUGAAUUUUUUUUUUGUAAUUUUAAAUGAUUCUCUGUAUACCAUUUUACGUAUUGUAAAGCUGCCCUUUGGACUAUUUGUUUAAAUUGUCAUGUCUGACUUUUUUCCAGAAAAUAAACAUGAAGUAUUUA